AAAAAGAAAUACUAAUGAAAAUUUAGUUCAUCCCCCCGCUUAGCUAGAUUACUUCUUCUUCCCUGUUGCUCCAUUCAUAUCCUAAACAGAAAAUAUUGGGAAAAAAAUCCCAUAAAAUUAUAUAAAUUCAAUUUUUAGGUUGUGAUUGAUCGCCAUCGUCAUGGAUUCUUAUCGUGACGAGGAAGGAGAGCCGAUUGUGGAUUACGACGACAUUCAAUCGGAUCCUGGUUCACCGGAGCCGCGGCAAGAUCUUCUCGAUGACUUUGAGGAUGACGUGGAAAAUUGGGGCCAACGAGAGCGAUCGCAGACGCCGGCUUAUGAUACCGAUAAGGUUGGGAAGCCGAGGAAAAGGCUGGUCAAGAAAGGAGGAUCUACGGGAAAAGAGAGUAUGGAUGCUCCCGAGUUGUUAGAUGAAGGUGAAGAGGGCAAUUUUUGGAGGGGAGGAUCGGAUUCAGAUGCGAAGAAGAGGAAGAAAAAGGAGAAGAAGCUCAAGGAGAAACAUUAUGGUGGUGGUACUGAGAAAGGAACUGUUAAAAAGUUGGGGAAGUCUGAGGAAGUAAAUGAGAUGUGGGAAUGGGUUAAUCCUGAGAAUGAUCAAGAAGGUACUAGGACUAUGGAUGAUGAUGAUUUCAUAGAUGACAGUGGUGUCAACCCGGAAGAUAGAUAUGGGAGUGACAAUGAAGCAAGGUCACCUGGUGCUGCCCCACAGGCAGAGGAAGAUGAUGAGGAUCCAGAGAUUAAGGAGUUAUUUAAGAUGGGUAAAAAAAGGAAGAAGAAUGAGAAAAGUCCAGCAGAAAUUGCAUUGCUAGUUGAGAGUGUAAUGGCGGAGCUUGAGGUAACUGCUGAAGAAGAUGCAGAGCUUAAUAGACAAGGGAAGCCAGCAAUUAAUAAACUCAAGAAGUUACCACUUCUUACUGAGGUUCUGUCAAAGAAGCAACUUCAACCAGAAUUCUUAGAUCAUGGGGUUUUAACCUUGUUGAAAAAUUGGCUUGAACCCCUUCCUGAUGGAAGCUUACCAAAUAUAAAUAUCCGUGCAGCUGUUUUGCAGAUUUUAACUGAUUUUCCAAUUGAUUUAGAGCAGCAUGAUAGAAGGGAGCAGCUAAAGAAAAGUGGUCUUGGAAAGGUCAUUAUGUUCUUAUCAAAAUCUGAUGAGGAAACGACAUCCAACAGGAAACUUGCUAAGGAAUUGGUUGAUAAAUGGAGUAGACCAAUCUUUAAUAAGAGCACUAGGUUUGAAGACAUGAGAAAUGUUGAGGAUGAUAGAGUUCCCUUGCGAAGGCCAUCUGUGAAAAGGCCCACAAAUAGAGCUGCAUCAAUGGAAUCUAGAGAUGGUGAUUUUGAUUUGGAUAUUUCUCGGGACCACAAGUCUGGUAGAUCAUCGUCAGGUCAAAAUGCUUCCAGGUCUGAAUCUUCUUCAAGGCUACAUGCUUCAAGGCCAGAUGCAACACCAAUGGAUUUUGUUGUGCGUCCGCAAUCUAAGAUUGAUCCAGAUGAAAUUAGAGCUCGAGCAAAACAAGUUGUACAAGAUCAGCGUCGUUUAAAGAUGAAUAAGAAGUUGCAGCAGUUGAAAGCCCCGAAAAAGAAGCAGCUGCAGGCGUCUAAACUUAGUGUUGAGGGUCGUGGUAUGCUUAAGUACCUGUAAAUGAUAAUCCACAGUCCACAUACCCAAACUAUAAGCUCUCUAUUUCGCAGAAGAAACCUCCUUUGAAGCAAAUGUUUCUGUUUUACUUAUCCAAUUGAUUCCAAUCAUUGAGAAGGGAUUAACGGUGGGACUAUCAUGAUGUUUCAUUAAUUCUGUCUUGGGAAAAUACGUUCACUGCAGUUCAAAUAAAUAUGGUAUAAUGUUUCAAGUG